CGUGUGUUUAAUAAAAACGUAAAAUUUGUAAGAAAAACUAAAGUUACAAUGAAGUUUGCUGCGUUAUUAUUUUGUGGCAUCACCUUAAGCCUUUUUGGUUCGGGGUUCAGUAUGUUCCCGGAACACUUAAUAAUGGGUGAAAUUCAAAAAGAAAUGCAAAACAUUGGCAUGUUAUCACAAGCGAUUAUUAGCUUCUCGGAUUGGUUUGAUUUUAGGAGUGUGGAACAAAUCCAGGCAUGGUUGAAAGGAAAUCAUCCGGCAACUGCAAAGAAACUGCUUUCAUCGGUUGUUUCAAAAGUCGAUGAAGUCCUGAAAGAAAAUAUGAAGAUACAACAAGAAGUAAUUUCCGAUUCUCGACGUAAUGUACAAGCCAAUGGGAACAGCGCCCAAGUAAUGGCAUCUCUAAAUCAAGCAUUUAUGAGUGGAAAACUCAUGGGCAAGUCGACAGAUACUUUAAUAAAAGUGUUGAAGAUUGUAGGAGAAAUGCAUCUUGAUGUGUUGGACCUUGGAGUUAAAGUGAAAUCAUUCGAACAAAAUUACACCGAUAAAAUGUUCAAUAAUAGCUUAGAUGGUGUACGAAAGGGAUUGUUUCAAAUUGGCAAGGCCACAGCAACUAAAACGGCACCAAGUGAAAAAGAAAUCCAAAAUGGAAGCGCUUUAAUUCAACAAACUAUCCUGACACCAUUAACAAAUUACCUUAAUAACAAGGAAAAGAAGGCUGUUAUGCAACAAUAUGUCAAACAUAUCCAAGAGGAAUCCAAGACUCUUAAAGGCUUACUAGAAGCAAAACGAGAUCAAAUUAUGGCUCUUUUGUAAAAAAAAUUAUAAUAUUUUGAUGAUUUAAAUAAAGAAAAUUAUCAAAAAUUGAACCUUA